AUUGCACCUUCUUUGGAUGUAUAUAUAAACUGGGAUAACUGUAAAGAUAUCCAAGACCCACCAGAGCUUCACGCCAAGGGUUUAGAAGUGGAAUUACAGUAAUAAAAAUCCAAACUAUGUCAUUAGACCACGAGGACGAUGGGGUGGCGCCAACCGCACCAUUAAGCAUAGCUUCGCGCCAAUCAACAAAUUUGAGCAAGAUGGAUGAGAAGAGAAAGGCAACGCGUUGUGGGAGGAAAAUUACCACACAGAGCAAGUACAGCUCAGGUGAAUAUGUUGUAUCUGCACGCAAAAAUGUUUAGACUGAAAGUACAGCUAACUCAUCAAAAAGUGCACCCACUUUGCAGAUUGCUCUUGACAAAGCAAAACUAACAAUAGAGAUGCAAAAGCAGAAGAUUCUUCAUCUUCAGGAAAAAGUUGACUCCCUGACAGAUGACAAAAAUUUUCUCAGAGCAAGAUUGGAGGAUGUGUCCAGUGAUGAAUCUUCUGAUUCCUCGGAAUCUUCAGAUUCAUCAGAUUCCGAACCAAGAACAAAGAAGAAAAAGGAUAAAAAACAAAGAAAUAAGAAAAAAUCCAAGAAACUGAGGGUUGAUUUUAGGAGAGUAAAAAACCCUGAAGACUCCAUCAAACGCUACCACAAAGUGUUACACCUGGUAAAUGGUGGCUUCACUAAAGCUGAAGCGUACAACAAAAUGAAUGUUGACAGAAACACAAUUGUCAUGCAAGCCCCCAUUGCUGAGUUGGCAGUUGCAAAUCCUGAAGAAUACAAAGCAGUGAGAGCCACUUUUAAAAUGGGAGAAAGCAUACACAAAUGUUCUGAUGUCUGUCUUGCAAGGUGCCUGGCUCAGCCUAAUGUAGACGAUAAAAAAAUUGAAAGAGAGCAGUGCCCUUCUUGA